CGCGCCGCGGCGGCGGCAGUCAGCCAAUCCGACCGAGCGAGCGAGCCCGGAAAGCCGGCUUCUUUCGUUGUCUCCCAGCUUAGGGCGUUUGACCAGCGAUUCCCUUCCUCCUUCCUCCUCCCUCCCCCCCACGCAUCACACACAUGGCAUAAAUAUGCCUCCUUUGGGAUGCCAACACGACACACCAGCCAGUAGUGUGCGGGUUUGGGAGAGGUGAGUGCCGCCGCCCUUGAGCUUGGCUGCCCCGCCGCGAGGCCGCGCGCAUGGCGGGGGUGGUGGAGUCGCUGUCCGGGUUCCUGGACCCGCGGGCGGCGGCGCCGUUCGUGGUGGCGGCGCUGGCGUUCUUCUUCUUGGUCGAGCAGCUGUCCUACCACCGCAAGAAGGGGCCGCUGCCGGGCCCGCCGCUCGUCGUGCCGUUCGUCGGCAGCGUCGCGCAGAUGAUCCGCGACCCGACCGGGUUCUGGGACGCGCAGGCGGCGCGCGCCAAGAAAUCCGGCGUGGGGCUCGCCGCUGACUUCCUGAUCGGCCGGUUCGUCGUCUUCAUCCGCGACUCCGAGCUGUCCCACCGGGUGUUCGCCAACGUCCGCCCCGACGCGUUCCACCUCAUCGGCCACCCGUUUGGCAAGAAGCUCUUCGGCGACCACAACCUCAUCUACAUGUUCGGCGAGGACCACAAGGACCUGCGUCGCCGGAUCGCGCCCAACUUCACGCCGCGCGCGCUCUCGACCUACGCCGCCAUCCAGCAGCGGGUGAUACUGUCCCACCUCCGGCGGUGGCUCGACCGGUGCGCUGCCAACGGCGGCAAGGCCGAGCCGAUACGUGUACCCUGCCGUGACAUGAACCUCGAGACCUCGCAGACGGUGUUCGCGGGGCCGUACCUCAGCAAGGAGGCGAGGGAGAGGUUCGAGAGGGACUACAAUCUCUUCAAUGUCGGUGUCAUGGCCCUCCCCGUUGACCUGCCGGGGUUCGCGUUCCGGCGCGCCAGGCAGGGCGUGGCGCGGCUGGUGCGCACACUCGGCGAGUGCGCGCGGGCGAGCAAGGCGAGGAUGCGUUCCGGCGCCGAGCCAGAGUGCCUCGUGGAUUACUGGAUGCAGGAGACGGUGCGGGAGAUCGACGAGGCAAAGGCCGCCGGGCUGCCGCCGCCGGCGCACACCGACGACGAGGAGCUCGGGGGCUUCCUGUUCGACUUCCUCUUCGCGGCGCAGGACGCGUCCACCUCCUCCCUCUGCUGGGCCGUGUCGGCGCUGGACUCCCACCCGGACGUGCUCGCCCGCGUGCGCGCCGAGGUGGCCGCCCUCUGGUCCCCGGAGUCCGGCGAGCCCAUCACCGCCGAGAAGAUCGCGGAGAUGAAGUACACCCAGGCCGUCGCCCGCGAGGUGGUCCGGCACCGGCCCCCGGCGACGCUGGUGCCGCACAUCGCCGGCGAGGAGUUCCAGCUGACGGAGUGGUACACGAUCCCCAAGGGCACCAUCGUGUUCCCGUCGGUCUACGAAUCGUCGUUCCAGGGGUUCCCCGAGCCCAACGCGUUCGACCCGGAGCGGUUCUUCUCGGAGGCGCGUCGCGAGGACGUGGUCUACAAGCGCAACUUCCUCGCGUUCGGCGCCGGCCCGCACCAGUGCGUCGGGCAACGCUACGCGCUCAACCACCUCGUCCUCUUCAUGGCGCUCUUCGUCUCCGUCGUCGACUUCCGGCGACACCGGACGGAGGGCUGCGACGAGCCGCUGUACAUGCCCACCAUCGUGCCGAGGGACAGCUGCACCGUGUACCUCAAGCAGCGCUGCGCCAAGUUCCCAUCGUUCUGAGCUGGUUUCCCUUGUCCUCUUGCUCUGCUCCUCGUUCCCGUGCAUCGCAUAUCUUUUUUUUCCCAUCUCAUUUUUUCUUUCUUUCCUUUUCUUUUUUGUUUUCCAAUCCGGUGGAUCGUGUCGCAGCUGUGAUGCAUGUUCAUUUGUAGGUUUUGUUGCAUGUUGGUCCAUUCAAUUAUUUUGUUGGUAAUUGGGUUCAGUUGGGGUUUGGACUCAGCUUUUGGGUCCCAGCCGGCAAGGGGACGAUACAUUGAUACGAACAGUACAUCCUGGGUUGUUGGCCACAUGCGUGGGUCGUCUGGUUGGGUUGGGUUGGUUGGCAUGUCUCAAGAAAUUGGUGGUAUCUGGAAUGGAUUUGCGCGAUUGUUUUUUUGGCAACAAAAUGUGAGCAGCUAAAUCCACUCUUAUGUGUUCAUUUAUGAUUGUAAUUUGAGCGAUUUGGGUUCGAGUUUGGUGUUGGCUUGUUCCAGCACAGGUGGAGGUGUGCCGAUUCUCUGUCCUGUUCUGUCUACAUAAAAUCUGAAGUGUUGGUUAGUAGGGUAUGUUUGCACCGGCAUUGCUAGAUUUAGGUUAGAGAUUACAGGAUCAAAUGGUAUCGGCUUUGCAUAUGGAUGUUGCUUGAUUGCUUCUCUUCUUCAACCUCUGUCUCUGUAUGCUUGAUUUUUGCUCAAUCUCUUUCAACUUGCCUCCUUCGGUGCAGCUCUAGUGCUCUACCACAAUUUGCCAUUGGUUUCAAUUGAUUUUUUUUUAAAAAAAUUUGUGUCAUAUAUAUUUAUCUGAUUCAGUUUAUACCACUCACGCGGACAGCUUGAGUGAAAAUCGAAAAUUAGCACCUUGAUGGCCUAAUCCGCCGGCAGGUUUACAUGAUUAGAAAAAGCUCUCUUUUGUCGGGAAAGAAUAACCUGCAAAAAUAAAAGUUGUUUGUCGGCCUUACCAAGUUGGUCCAUUUUUAGAAGCUACAUGAUGAACUAGUUAUGUUAAAAAUCCACUUUUUUCAUUAAACUUGUUCAAAAUUUAUUGCUAUUUGCCUAUCGAUGGAACCACAUGGAGCAGUUUUGUGUGGCUGUUAGCAUAUAGAACAAUUACGAUUCAAUGGUACGAUUGAAACACUGCAACUAUUGAUUAGCCAAUUAAGGUCA